CUGAAACUUGCUUAUCUUCAAUCAUCUACUACCACAUAGAACAUCAUAUAUACUCGGAGACUCUACUACCUACCCUCCAAUAGUAGCUCAAAUUUGCAACGCCUGAGAUAUAUACAUCGUAUCAACACACGACUGCAUUAAAAUGGGCCAAACCCCCUCUACACCCCAACCCGGCACCAAACUCCAAGUUAUCGGCGCAGGCCUCCCCCGCACCGGCACAGCAUCCUUCAGCGCGGCCUUAGCCAUCCUCCUCGACGGCCCCGUCUACCACGGCGGUACGCAGACAACAAUAGGCCCACCAGACGAAAUCACGACAUGGAUGAAAAUCAUGCGCCUCGUACUCAACGAAUACCCCCUUGACCGACAACAAGCCCUCACCCUCAUCGACCACCAAUUAGACGGAUACGCCGCCAUCACCGAUUCCCCCGGUUCCCAACUCGUCCCGGAGCUGAUGGAAGUCUAUCCCGACGCCAAGGUCAUCUGCACCGUUCGCGAUCCGGUAGCGUGGGGUAAGAGCAUGACACAGGUGGAGGGUCUUGUGCGAUCAUCGUGGUUUCUUCAAGUCAUGUUGCUGCCGCUUCCCGGGAUGAGGCAUUUCGUGGAUUAUCUGGGGUUGACUGCGUUGCAGUGGCGAAGGAUUUAUGGGAGGAAUGGGGGCCCCGGAGGUGCUUAUCAUAAACAUAUUGAGUGGUUGAAGGAGGUUGUUCCGGAGGAGAGGUUGGUGUUUGUUGAUGUUAGGGAUGGGUGGGAGCCGCUGUGCAGGGCGCUGGGGAAGGAGGUGCCGAAGGAUAUACCAUUCCCGCGAAUCAAUGAUUCCGAGGCGAUAACCCGGACUGUAAGACAGCAUGUUCGUCGUGGGUUGAUUCGGUGGGUGGGUCUGUUUGCUGUCGUUGGUGCAGUAUCUUCUGGCGUGUAUUUUCUGCAGAGGUGAAGAGAGUGUGAUUGGCGUGUAUUAUUUAUUCGUCUUUAAGCUCUCCAUGGGAUCCAGGAGGAGAUACUAACCGGAGAGGGG